AUGUUGGAGGUCGAGCUAUAUAAGGUAAGAUGCAGGUGUUCGGGUUGUAAUUGUUUGAUGAGAGUUUGAAAAUAUGCAUUCAUUGCUAUUUAUUUGCUUAUAUAAAAUUGCACUUCGGCACUUGACACUUUUCCAUCAAAAUAUGAAAGUUGCUGCCAUGUGACAAUAUAUCCUGCAUAUUGUGUCUGGUUGAAUAUAAAUGGCUGGUUCACACUAUCAAAGUUUCUGUGAUCACAGUAGGAAUUGUGCAUUCCCUCAAACAUUUCUUACAAAUCCUUCAAAACUUAGAAUUUACCCAUGCAAAAUUCCUACUGUGAUAAACUUUGAUAGUGUCAACCAGUUAGUGAAGGGCCAGACUGGAAAGUUAUUGAAUUGUUAAUAUACCUUAACACAAUUUCAUUUUUGAACUGAAAAACUUUAAUACCGCUUUACAUUAUAAUUUGCCUGCAUUAUUAUAAACAACUGCAUAAAUCACUGCAAAUGGACAUUUACCACAAAUUUUAUAACUUUACAUGUGAUAACUACACAAAACUACACAAUACACAUUAUAACUUGUCCAAAAAGUCAAACCGCCCAAGCCUAAUUUCUGCUCGCGUACCAGGGUAGAAAGUUUGUUUUAGGUGCAAAGAAGCUUAUUGUUUUUCAGAUCGUUGAUGCGGGUCAUUUUUGGUGUAAACCUUCGUCAAGGAACAAGACUGAAGCUGAGAAAUAUUACACCUUGAUCGGGAACAUCAAUGAUUAUUGUUGCAAAGCUGAAAAACAAACAAGCAAUCAGAAAUCAAAAAUUCCAAAGAAAGGAAAGGUAAUACAGUUAGAACUACUGUUUUUAAUAUAGAAAGCAGUUUACUCUGUUUGGAGAUUAUUUAUAGAGACCUUAAGAUUAACAUUUAGGACAGACCGCAAACAGCAAACUUAAAAUCACAUUUGAAGAUGAGUUUUACAAGUUUUUGACAGCUAAAUCGCUCAUGUAUGCUUCAUUCGAAUUCACAAAUUGCCCUAACUUCGAACAGCUACAUAAAAUGGUUAGUUUUAUGAAAGUAUGGAGAAUGUAGAUAUACACAAUUAAUAUUAUUAUUAAUGGCAAGGAGACAUCUUUGUUUCAGACUUGUUCAUAGCAGCUAUUCUUUAUAGCAGCUGAUCUAUAAAAUAAAUCUUUUUAUUAUAUGGCUUUUCAAAAUUCUCUAUUCUGAUUGGUUGACAAGCGGUCCGUAAAACCCCAUAUCUGGACUGUGGUCCGUAUUUUCCGUAUAGAUCUGGACCGGUGUCCCGAAUGACGUUUAUCUGACGGGAAAUUUUUGCUUUGCAAACAGAGAAAAUUUUUGCUUUUUAAUUUUCCAAUUGUGUGUCAUUAAAAUUUACAGAUAAAAAUUUCAAACAAACCAAAUUGUUUUUGAUUGAGCAUGCAUGCCUAUGCCGUAUAUUGUUACCCAGUGAAACUGACGAUAGCCAAUUUAAUUUUCACGAAAAGCAUAUGCUCACAGACUCAGUUCAGCCAUAUAAUAAACCGAUUAUUGACCUCGCUUGUUUGGUCUGUACUGUGAAAUACCAGACCUCUGUUGUUUGCAUGGACCUCGCUCCUUCGUCGCUCGGUCCAUACUAAAAAACCUUGGUCUGAUAUUUCUCACGCUCAGUCAGUAAGCCGUUAACAUCUCUACUGUUAGGACUAGCUAGGGUGGGAUUAGGAUGGAUUUAGGUUUGGAAUUGGAUUAGGGUUAUGAUUAGAGUUUGGGUUUUUGAAUUACUAGAUUUGUCUGGUAAAGCGGACGUCAGAUAGAUGUUGGUAUCGUGCUAAAGUUCUCAGCAUUUUUCAAACAAUAAAUGGACCUCAAGCAAGGUAAUCAAGAUUAUAUUAUGAAGUACUAGCCGUAAUCUGUGAGUAUAUUUGCAGCAAGCAGUAAUACUCUGUAAUGUUUAUAUUGUUUUUUUAAUUUAGAGUUUUACUUGUCGACCUUGGUGAGAGAACAUUGGUACCUGGAAUUUGGUAAAGAAUGACUUUUGAGGAUGCUUGGCUAUUCCAACAUACAAUAUAUUCCUUUAUUCAUUGAAUCAGUAAAAUAAGAAGUAGCUUGCAAUUUAACCUGUUUGUGUGCAGAUCGAAUCUGGCUUUUAAAAAGUCUUGUCAGAAGCCAAUAAAUCUAUCAAUAUUUUUUCUAGGGUUCAAGAAAUACCUGAAGAGUUUCUGAAGAUUCCUUAUCAAACGAUGGAGUGUGUUUUGUCAGGGUUGAAACCCUUAUCAAUGGUCACGUCAUAUUUUGAUCUCACAACCAAAAAACAGUAAGUCUAUGCAGCAGUUUGUUGAACUGAAUUCAGUUUAGUGGUUAACCGUUACCUUCUGUUGUAUGGUAGUGCUUAGUGAAAUUUUAUAUUUUACUUAUUUUUCAGACCUGGUGACACAUGGGACAUUUCUGCAACAGAGUGGUUCAAAAAACAAAUAAAUGGUAAUUCAUUUCUUUUGUUUAAUAUUCCUUGGCAUUUGAAUUUUCAGAUACAAGUCUGUACCAACUUUGUGAUUAGAAUUUUUCUAUAACAAUGAAUGUAAUCUACCCAAUGGAAACACACAUUUUCAUCUUUUCAGGCUGUAAUCUUCAACUGGAUGUGAAACACAUUGAUGAUGAUGGCAUUCACCAUGUUUUACUCUUUGCUACUGCCUCUGAUACAAUGGUGCGUAUAAAUCAUACACAUCUCGUAUUGUAUUGAUUUCAAGCUAUUGUUUAAUGUUUUGUGUGCCCUGGAGAACAUUUAUAGUGACUUGUCUAUUUGCGUUAUUUUCUCACUUCAGUAACUGCCAAUUGAUCACAAUCUUCUUUCUUAUUCCAGAUUUGUUUGAACGAUGAACUGGUCAACAAUGAAUACGCUGUUUUGUCGAAAUCACCAUUUGAAGAAAAUCAAGGUUCUUAAAUUGAUGAUAAAUUUCUCUACGACCUAGUCAUGUGCAAUAUUCACUGGCUUGCUCGAAGGAUCUGACUACCUUAGUCUUUGAAAUGUCCAUUUAGCAUUUUUACAGUCCAAAUUUACUUACGGAUAUGAUCAAGUAUUAGGUUCACCUAAUAGACCUUUCCCCUUUUGAGUGAAAUUUUGAUCUAGACAAGUCUAGACAAAAAUUUCAUCACAGCUUGAAAGAGCAUCACAAAAUUAGUAAUAUUGCGAAGUUUCGUUGCGAAAUGUUGUAAAAUGCGGAUAAUAUAGCCUUGCGAAGUUUGCCGUUUUUCAGUCAUUUUGCAUUACAAACGGGAAAUUGAUACUGUAAUCAGAUGAUCAAACUGAUUAUCAAUUUCCCAUUUGUAAUACAAAAUGACUGAAAAACGGCAAACUUUGCGAGGCUAUAUUAUCCGCAUUUUACAACAUUUCGCAACGAAAUUUCGGAAUAUUACUAAUUUUGUGAUGCUCUUUCAAGUUGUGAUGAAAUUUUUGUCCAGACUUGUCUAGUUCAAAAUUUCACUCAAAAGGGGAAAGGUCUAUUACAUACUUAGCCUAGACUAUUUUAUCUUUACAACAAUACUUGAUAUUACUUUCUUAACUGUGUUUAUUCUAACCCACCCUGUCAACUUUCCCUGUGGGAGGACACCAGAGCACCCAGAAAAAACCCACGACUUUCGGCAGAGUAAAAUAUUAACAUAGGGCACAACAGGGCAUAUUGCCACUUAAAGGGUUUAUAAUUUACCUACUGUAUGAUUUUACAACAUUUUAUAUGUGUUUUUCAGAUGAGAAAGAAUCUUCGUCGAGCAAAGAUCGCGCGCAAGACUCGUUUUCAGAAGAGCUUAAAGGCAUCAGAGAAAAACUAGACAAUUCUCUUUCACUAAACAGCGACACGUCAAGUCCUUAUCAACCGCUGACAAACAGCGGGAAACAAAGCAAAUAUCAGCCUCUCACGUGGUCUGAAGACAGCGAGGGGAGCGCUCAAGGGAGUGGGAACGAGUUAGGAAAACAGCCAAUCAGCGUGAAGGGUUGGGACGGUGGCAAACCAAUCAGCGUGCAAGGUUAUACCAGUGAAGAAGAGAGGAAUAAAGUACGUUUCAUGUCAGCAAGACUGCCCGCUACUGCAUCCGCUCGUCUCCAACCUUUUGAAGGCGUAAACAAACAAGCCAGACCCAUAUUAAAGAAUUCUAGCGGUUAUUCAAGUUGCGAAGAUUCGCAAAGGGAUAUUUAUAGUCAAACGAGUGUCCCCAAGAAUGUGACAGAACUUUCAAAUGCAGUUGUCUCAUCCACUGCACAUUAUCAAAAUGGUGACUUCACCAAUGUCUAUAAUGGUCGGACCUCUGCUCAAAAUUCACAGAGAGAUUCGCAGAGAGAAUCAUUUAGUCAGGGAACAACGCACGCGAAAGGAAAUUUAAAGGCAUCCAACUCCGCUUCUGCGCAUGAUCAAAAUACUAACGUAACCAACAAACGCAAAGAUGUAUAUUCAAACAGCAGUGUCGGCCAGAAUUUCCAACGCUAUAAUCAAGACUCGCAGAAGAAUGAUUUAUUAUCUCGCCAAUCUCAAAACGUGAUCUAUAACAACCAAGCUACAAGCGGACAUGAACAAAUUGUACCAAAUUUGGAUUUGUCACGACAGAAUAGCCAAAAUAAAGUGGAUAGUACCACUGGUCAUCAUUCAAGUCCUGGUUAUUCCGCAUCUUUGAGCGAUCAUCAGAAAAUACCAAAUGCGAGUUCAAGUUUUGCACGACAGAAUAUUCCGAAUGAAUUACGGGCUAACACUGGUCAAUAUUCAAGCUCCAGUCAAUCUUCGUUUGGUCAAUAUUCAAACCAUUCCUCGACUUCAACCAGUCAGCAGAGUAUGGCAAAUGUUGGUUCACCUUUUACAAAACAGAACACUCAGAAUGUUACUCGCUCUGGUUUUCCCACAUCUUUAACAAAGCAACAGAAUAUGUCAAAUGCAGGUUCAAGACAGAAUAUUCACAAUGAAUUGCCGACUAACACUGGUCAAUAUUCAAGCUCUGGUUUUCCCACAUCUUUAACAAACCAACAGAAUAUGUCAAAUGCAGGUUCAAGACAGAAUAUUCACAAUGAAUUGCCAACUAACACUGGUCAAUAUUCAAGCUCUGGCUAUUCCACGUCUUCAACAAACCAACACAAUAUUCAAAGUGAAUUACCGACUAACACUGGUCAAUAUUCAAGCUCUGGUUUUCCCACAUCUUUAACAAACCAACAGAAAAUGCCAAAUGCAGGUUCAAGACAGAAUAUUCACAAUAAAUUACCGACUAACACUGGCCAAUAUUCAAGCUCUGGCUAUUCCACGUCUUCGGCUAAUCAACAGAUUGCGUCAAGUGUAGACUUGUCCCGCUUCCCGCGACAGAAUAUUCAGAAUGAACUACCGACUAACACUGGUCAAUAUUCAAGCUUUGGCUAUUCCACGUCUUCAGCUAGUCAACAGAUUACACCAAAUGCAGGUUCGGUUUUGGCGCGACAGAAUAUUCGGAAUGAACAACCGACCGCUCAAUAUUCAAGUUCUGCUCAAGCUUGGGUUGGUCAAAAUUCCAAUCCUGGUUGUCACGUAUCACCGAGCGGCCAACAACAGAAUAUGCAAAAUGCCGGUUUUGCACGGAAAAAUCAGAAUGAAUUGCAGACAAGCCCUGGUGAAUAUCCAGGCCCUAGUCAUGCUUCUUUUGGUCAAAAUCCCAAUCGUGGUUGUCACGUAUCACCGAGCGGCCAACAGAAUAUGCAAAAUGCCGGUUUUGCACGGAAAAACCAGAAUGAAUUGCAGACAAGCCCUGGUGAAUAUCCAGGCCCUAGUAAUGCUUCUUUUGGUCAAAAUCCGAGCCCUGUUUAUCCCACGACAAACCAACAGCGCCAAACCAUGCCAGGAAAUAACCAGAAAGUUUCAAAUUAUCACCGGUUUGAACAAAGCAUGAAUAAUAAUUCCUCAAGUCUAGUUUCAACUCCACCACAACAGAAUUUCUUGGAACGUUCUAGUACUCGUCAGCCUGUUUCAUCUAAUCAGAAUUUACCUCUAAAUUCUCCUAGUAAUCCACCAUCAUUGUCGCCUUCAUAUCAAAAUUUUCCCCGAAACGUUCCUGUUAAUCCCCCACCGUCUGUGGUCCGGAAACCCCCACAAUCCACACAAAUCCCUACCAGUCAAGCACAGCCACCUCACAUCCCUAGUACCGCAUCGUAUUUUCCAAGUGGUAAUCAACAACCGCCGCAGACUAUCCAAACAUCAAGAUAUGCCCCUAAAACUACCUCGCGAUCCCAUCAGCCACCUGUGAGUCCAGACCAAUCCAUCAAUGUUCCUUACGGUCAACGACGGCAGGACCAUUUAGUUCCUACAACGUCUCAGAACAGAAAUAUCCCAACUAAUACCGUCCCGUUUUCAAAUGUACCGAACAGCCACCACGCACAAUCCACUACCGUUCCUCAGAGUAGAGUACAGCAACAAUCGCCGUAUACCCCUUACAACACAUUUGAGUACCCAAAUGCACCUACUAAUCAAGAACAAUCCACCACUAUUCCUCAACGUGGAACACAACAAAAUUUCCAACCAAAACAAACACAGUAUAGCUCAAAUGAUACCUUUGAAUACCCAAAUGUACCUACUGAUCAAGUACAAUCCAAAGGUAUCCCUUCAAUAAAGGAGCAAAAUAUUCCUCAAAAACAAGCACACAAUUUUCAAUCAAAUACAUGGGGAUUCCCAAACGAACCUAACAAUCAAGCACGAUCCACAAAUGGCCCUUUUAAUCAAGCUCAGCAACAAAAUGUAUCCUCGAGCAAAUCAAAUUAUGUCCCUGAAAUACAACAGCAAAAUUGGCAAUUACCACCAAAGCAAACACGGUAUAACCCAAUAAGUACACCGGAAUACCCAAAUGUACCCAACAGUCAAGGGCAAUCCACCUGUGUCCCUCAAGAUCAGGUACAAAAUUAUCCACCAAGGCAGUCGCAGUAUAGCCCUGAGUCCUUUAAUGUACCUACCAGUCAUGCACAAUCAACCAGUGUUCCUCAGAGUCGUGUUCAACAGCAAAAGUUUUCACCAACACAAUUACAGUACACUGGUACCCCUAGCAGUACAUCCAACUACCCAAACGUACCUGUAAGCCAACAAUGUCGCACCUCAACUAUUCCUCAACCAUCACCAAGUGUCCCUACUGGUAUGGAUCAAUCCUUGGGUAACCUUGGUAAUCCUUCACAACAUUUGCCCACAGGUGAAAUAUCUUCGGAUAUCCAUAUGAAUCAAACUCAAUCCCAUCCUACUAGUAACUAUCCCAGCUCCGCUACUGGAAUCCCUACAAAUACUACUAGGUUUCUCCAAGACAGUCCUCAAACGUCCCAGAAUAUCCAUGAUAAUCAAGUGCGGUCCUCUGAUUCUUCAUCUACACAACACGAUGCUGUGUCUCUCACCCCUAAUUCAAUUAUCCCCACAAGUCCUGUUCAGAACGCAUCAAUCCAAAGGAGUCCUACAAAGUCCCCACGAAUCCCUUCAUCACCUAUGUCAAAUGCAAAACUUUGUCAUGUGACCAGUGACGUCAUUCGUCACGGCGUAUCCAUGCCCCCCAGCAUGACAGAGAUUGACUCAAAAACGUUCCCUGAGGGUGUACAGCGCGGCCUGCGUGAUCUGGGCGUGAUCAAACCAAGCUCGUUCCAGGCUAACAUUUGGCCAGCAAUUAUACGCGGUCGUGAUGUGUUUGGUAUACCGGAAUCGAGUUCGGAUAACGUGAUGGCCUACCUCGCGCCCAUUAUCACGCUUUUAGCUGAACCAGCAUCUUAUUCUGAACUGCCGCUGGGAAAUGGGGUAAGUUGUUUUUAAACUACACACGUAAACAAGUUGUAACAAGGUUGUUGUGAAGCCGAUAUCAGGACGUGUUCGCACUGCUUGUUCCCAGUUGUUGUGACAAGUCUGGAACAAGUUGUUAUCACCUUGUUACAAGGUUGAUGACGGUAACAGACUUGCUACAAGUUGUUCCAACAAGACUAAUACAGGCUGUUCGUAACAAGUUGCUACGAGCUUGUUGUCAUCAACUUGUUAACAACUUGUUACGUGCAGACGCUAUCAGACUUGUUGGAACAACUUGUUGCGAAUUACUCAACAAUAACGAAUUACAACUUAAUGGUUAUUAAAAAUUGAUAAUGCCAUUUUAUUCUAGGCUCUUGCCUUGAUCUUGUGUGAAGGAUGGCGAAAAGCCACGGCUGUUUACGAACACUUUCGAAAGGUAACGAAAAACGUCCGAAGCAUUCGCGUUCAGAUUGUGUAUGGUGCCGGUGCAGAGGACGAGUGUAUCCCUGGUCUUAUCAAUGGUUGUGAAGUCCUGAUUGCCACUCUGCCGUGCUUACUACGCAUGCUCAGAAAGAAGUGUACGAGGUUAAAUAGAUUGUGUCAUCUUGUCUUUGAUGAUGCCGACAUUCUCGCUGAAGAGCAGACUGAGUCUGUCAAGGAAUUGAUGAGAGAAUAUUACGGUAGGGUAUCAAGUACUAAAUUAUUUGUACUGGAUAGCUCUAUCAGUUUUAAACUGUUCUUCCUAGAGGUCCAGUGAGGAUCAUCUUUUAUUUAUCCAAUGUUACUACAGGAGGAAACCUAAACUAAACUAAUUUAUACUGGAUAGCUCUAUCAGUUCUAAACUGUUCUUCCUAGAGGUCCAGUAAGGAUCAUCUCUUAUUGCUCCAGUGUUACUACAGGAGGAAAUCUAAACUAAACUAACUUUAUUUAUACUGAACAGUUCUAUCAGUUCUAAACUGUUCUUCCUAGAGGUCCAGUAAGGAUCAUCUCUUAUUGUUCCAGUGUUACUACAGGAGGAAAUCUAAACUAAACUAACUUUAUUUAUACUGAACAGUUCUAUCAGUUCUAAACUGUUCUUCCUAGAGGUCCAGUAAGGAUCAUCUCUUAUUGUUCCAGUGUUACUACAGGAGGAAACCUAAACUAAACUAACUUUAUUUAUACUGAACAGUUCUAUCAGUUCUAAACUGUUCUUCCUAGAGGUCCAGUAAGGAUCAUCUCUUAUUGUUCCAGUGUUACUACAGGAGGAAACCUAAACUAAACUAACUUUAUUUAUACUGAACAGUUCUAUCAGUUCUAAACUGUUCUUCCUAGAGGUCCAGUAAGGAUCAUCUCUUAUUGUUCCAGUGCUACUACAGGAUGAAACCUAAACUAAACUAACUUUAUUUAUACUGUAUAUCAGUUCUAAACUGUUAUUUCUAUAGGUCCAGUAAGGAUCAUUUCUUAUUAAACAUGUUUCUCGUAUUUUUUCAGCCCUUCUGAAGUCGCAACCUAACCGCCUGGCUCCAAGACAAAUCAUAGCUAUAGGGAACAAAUGGACCACUGGGAUUUGUUCCCUUGUGAAAGUGUACUUAGACAAUCCAUUGGUUUUCAUUGGCAACCAAAUUGAAGCGGCCAUGUUUUGUAAAGUGCGACAAGUUGUAAACUACGUGUCAUCGAGCAAGAAGGAGUCGGAGCUACUGAGUAUGUAUCAUCCAUUCAUCAUUGAGCCUGUCUAUCUAGAAGUCUAGUAAGAGCCAUUGUUAGGUGUCCAAUAAAAUACCAUACCAUAAUGAAUACCAUAUCAUUUCAGGUUUGUUGGAUAAAUAUACGCUAAACAACGACCGUGAAAUAAUCAUCUUCGCCUCGACUGCCAAGGAUGCUGAACGUAUCGCACAAAUGCUGGAGUAUUGCAGCUUCACCAUCUUGCUCGCGCAUGAAUUCCUCUGGCCAGAACAGCUGGUUGAAGUCCGUCGACAGUGGAACACGCCACACAGCUCGGAUUCUUUCCUUAUUCUGGGUAAGAUUAUAACAUUUUCCUAGACCAGAUGACGCUGAGAGACUGCAUUCCACCGCCAGCGAAAGCUCACGUAUUCAUGCAUAAAGCAUACAAGCGUUAAUUACGCCAAUUACGCAUUCAAUUAUUCUCAGCCCGGAAAAGCGAUACAAUUUUCAUCUAAAUUGAUUAGUUCAAUUUGUUCAAUUUGUUCUUGGCGUACCGCCAUUAACUCUACAAAACAUUUUAGUUAAAGUUGUUCAAUAUCUUUGAGUUACCCUGCUGACAGGCACUCAAACAAACAAACAAACAAACAAACAAACAAACAAACAAACAAACAAACAAACAAACAAACAAACAGACAGACAGACAGACAGACAGACAGACAGACAGACAGACAGACAGACAGACAGACAGACAGACAGACAGACAGACAGACAGACAGACAGACAGACAGACAGACAGACAGACAGACAGACAGACAGACAGACAGACAGACAGACAGACAGACAGACAGACAGACAGACAGACAGACAAACAAACAGAACUUCUGGUGAAGUUAAUAAGAUCUCAAUACAAAACUGAAAUAUUUUAGUGUUUUCAAUGUGCAUAUAAUUUGUAUUGCAGUUAUGACAGAUGGCGUGAUGGACAAGUGCAACAUCAGAACUGCGACAUGUGUUAUACAUUAUGACUCUGCACCGACCAAAACGUUGUUUGGAAAACGUAUGUUCUGUAUGGCCGCGUCAUACCCUACUACCAAGGUAAUCUGGCGCAGCUUUCUACCGUUGUUGGCAGCUGAGAGUGAACAUUCGCAAAUUAAAACAUGAAAGUUUAGAAUUUGCAAAGCCUUUGCAUAGUAGGAUUUUCAAAACAAUGAAGGGCACUAUUGUCAGACCUAAAUAUAUACAUUUCUCUUCCUGGUAGCAAAGUGCAAAAAUAAGAAUUUCCUGUGCAGAUCAAAUUUUUGAUCUGUCUGCCUUAAUUAAUAUUUUGAAUUGUAAAAAAAGGAAAGGUACAAUAAAGUCUUGUCUUGUCUACAGAACAUGUAGAUUUCAGAGAAUGUAUGGGGCCGCUCAUUGUAAUAAACGUCAAUAAUCUCGACUUGCAAACUUUUAAAAACAAUUUUCUCAAACUACCCUUUAUUUUUCCUCUUUAGGAGAAAGAAUGUCUGUCGCUGACUAUUGGAACAGAGCACAGCAGAGCUUGCGCCCGCAGUAUUAAAGAAUUGGCGUUACGAUCUGGCGGUGUUGUUCCACCCACACUUGAGAAAGUUUGCGAAUUCGCUUACCAGGUUAAUGAUGUCACUGUUUAGGUUAUAUUUUGUUGCGUCCAGGUUCGCGUUAUAAAGAGCAACAGGUGGUCGUCAACUUCACAAAUGUUGAAGUUAUGUAGAACAAGAAAAUGAAACUGCAUGCCUCAGUUCUAUUUACUUUCCUCCAAAUACAAGACUGCUACAUACAAUGAGAAGAAUGAACAUUAUUUUCUCACUCUGAUAACUGCUGCACGAUACUGCUUAGUGAAUUACCUACCAUCUAUUUCAGGUACCUUACUAGUGAUUGCAUAUUGACGAUCAUUCUUUGUGUUUUGUUAGGAGAAAGAAGAGAAAAGGAAGAAUGACGACUUGUGCACUCAUUUGAAAGCAUUUGGACAGUGCAAGUACGGCAUCGUUUAAUAUGAAACUGGCAUGACACGAACUCGAUGCGAGACGACGUUUGUCGUAGAGUUUGCUUGAGGCCAUGUUAAGAAAUUGCCCCAAACGGUCUAGAGUCAUUCCGUCAGCGAGACUAUCUCCUGGCCGGGAUGAAUAGAGACAAAUGAUACUUUCUGAUCGGUCUGAAUUUCGAACGUUGAAAUAACAACAUUGAUUAUGGUUGCAUUUUAGAAAUACACAGAAGAAACCAAAAAUGUUUUCGCCCUGGUCUUGUGUACAAUUUCGGUUUACGUCUUAAUCCUACUUCGUGCUCAUGUAACCGGACCUAUGUUACGGAAUGGAGACAUUUUAGCAGUGAAACUUAUGUGUAUUUUGAAUUUUCCAGGGAUUUACUCCAGUGUAAAAGCCGUCAUACUGUCUUCCCUGAAGUUGACGUGUCUGUUCUAUUACCUAAGUCUGGCAUUGUUAAGGUAUGCGGUAUAUUAUUGCUGUUGGUGGCUUUCAAAAAUAAUAAUUAAUAAUAAUAAUAAUGUAAUUUGUAGUGCGCAAAUUCCAUUCAAAUAUGCUCACAUGCGCAGAACAAUAAUAUAAAAACAAAAUCUAAAUAUUUGCAUGAAAGAUAAGAGAUAGUUAAGACGAUCCAGACUAUUCAUUCAUAAUCAGUACAGACUAUACUAUUAGUUUCAUAAAAGAUACAGCAUAUAAAAAAUAUUGAUAAAAUCACACUAUUUUGUUAUUAAAUAUUAUAAUAAGCUUUCCUAAAUAAGUGUGUCUUUAAGAGUUUUUUAAAACUUCCAAUGGAAUCAGCUUGUUGAAUGCGUGAAGAUAAUCAUUCCCACAAGUUUGGCGCUGCACAUCCAAACGAACGAUCACCAAGAGUCGAUAAUGUUUUGAGGGUAGUCUUCUGGAGCAAGAGUUUCGAAUUCGAUCUAAAACCAACUGAAGUAAAACACAAGUGAACCUUUAAGGCUGCUUUACACUUAGAACCAACUUAGUCCCCUCAAAUGCUUCUUACAAAUCCUUAAAAACUUUGUGAUCACAGAAACUUUGAUAGCCUUUUAGUAAAAGCCAAGCAAUGAGCACAGAGAUAUUUAUUCUCCAAGUUUUGUCUAGGUGUUAAUCUUGGCAGUGUUGGAUGCGUCUCGUUACUUUGUGCGAAUACUGGAACAUCAGAGCGACCAGCAGGAAAUGAACAGUUCUAACUAUUACAGCGGAGCAACAUUCCUCCAGUUAGCUCUUGAUCUGAACAGCCUGUACACGUCACGUGAUAACCGCCAUGUUUGUUCGAGAAUUCAUCUUCAGAAGCUUUGUGUUGUUGAGAGUGAAGGAUCGUAUUAUAGGUAGGAAAUAUCAGCCGAGAAUGAUUAAUCCCCCGGCUAAACCUAAACUAAACGUUAUUGAUACUGGAUAGCUGGGUAGAGGUCCAGUAAAGAUAAUUUCUUAUUGAUCCAGUGUUACUACAGGAGGAAACCUAAACUAAACUAACUUUAUUUAUACUGGAUAGUUCUAUCAGUUCUAAACUGUUCUUCCUAGAGGUCCAGUAAGAAUCAUCUCUUAUUGAUCCAGUGUUACUACAGGAGGAAACCUAAACUAAACUAACUUUAUUUAUACUGGAUAGCUUUAUCAGUUCUAAACUGUUCUUCCUAGAGGUCCAGUAAGGAUCGUCUCUUAUUGAUCCAGUGUUACCACAGAAGAAAACCUAAACUAAACUAAACUAAACUAAACUAAACUAAACUAAACUAACUGUUCUUCCUAGAGGUCCAGCAAUUCUGAAAAACCGGAAUACCCGGAGAAGACUUGUGGUCUCGCAGGAGAAAUUGUGCAAUCACUCCUUUUGCAAUAACAACUCUCUCUUUUUUAUUCAGAGCAAAAAUUAUUCAAGUAGUUCGAAAAGAUCCCGAAACUAACAGAGCCCUGGAAGUACAGGUUUAUUUUAUCGACCGUGGUUUUUACGAAGUUGUCCCAUCUUACAAUCUCUUUGAAAUUGCUCCACAGUUCGUUGACAUUCCGUAUCAAGUGAGUAACGAUUUGUUAUUAACUAGGAAAACCUGUGGUGUUUGGUAGAGUCAAACUGGAAGCAUUCUUCUCACAUGUGACUGAGGUGAAAUCUUAAUGAGACAACUGCAUGUUGCAGGAAUGGACCUAUUCCCUAAUGAACAAAAUUUUGAUCUAGACAAGUCUAGACAAAAAUUUCACCACAGCUUGCAAGAGCAUCACAAAAUUAGUAAUAUUCCGACGUUUCGUUGUGAAAUGUUGUAAAAUGCGGAUAAUAUAGCCCUGCGAAGUUUGCCGUUUUUCAGUCAUUUUGUAUUACGCAUGGGAAAUUGAUACCUUUUUUCAGAUACCUUUUUUCAUUCACAAAUGACUGAAAAACGGCAAACUUCGCAAGGCUAUAUUAUCCGCAUUUUACAACAUUUCGCAACGAAACUUCGGAAUAUUACUAAUUUUGUAAUGCUCUUUCAAGUCUAGACUUGUCUAGAUUAAAAUUUGGUUCAUUAGGGAAUAUGUCCAUUGAACUCUAGCCACAGAUAUGAAAGAAACAUCCACUGACUGAAGUACCUGCACCAACACAUUACAAUUUCUUUUGUUAUUUUAAAGGCAGUCGAGGCGUACGUGUGCAGAAUAAAACCUUUGGAUAAUGACAAGAACUGGACGAAUAAGGUAGAUACAUAUUUUUAAAAGAUGUUUCAGUCGUCUCACUAUUUAAACAUAGAGUACAAUUCACACAAACCAGCUCUUGUGGUGUCGUGGGUCACCACGCUUGCCUUUCAAGCUAGGAGAGCUGGGUUUAAUCCUUGAUCGGACCUCUACUCAAGCUCUUAAAAUAAUUGAGGAGAAAGAGCUACCUUUACAUUGACAUCAGGAAAUGGUUAGACUUUCGCGUCUUCUCGGAUAAGGACGUUAAAAUCGUAGGUACCUCGGAUCCCCUAUCAAUUGGGAAAUCCGCUCACCAAUGAGUGAGCAACUAAAUAGAAAUUAUAAAACAUUUAUAAAUGAUAUUUUUCAGGCGGUUAGAUAUGUUGUGCAACACAUUGAAGGACAAGAGCUAGAAGGAAGAGUUCUAAUGGGGUAAAACAGUUUUGUUAUGUAUCUUAAACAAUGAGUUGCUUACGUCCAUUUUAUAAAAAAAUUAAAUUCUUAAGCCUGGCUGACACUAUCAAAGUUUCUGUGAUAACAGUAGGAAUUUUGCAUAGGUAAAUUUUAAGUUUUGAAGGAUUUAUAAAGAAAUGUUUCAAGGAACUGGCUUAAUGUUAAAUGCCGAGUCUGUUUCCUCAAAAAUUUCUUACAAAUCCUUCAAAAAUAAGCAAAAUUCCUACUGUGAUCACAGAAACUUUGAUAGUGUAAUGGCUUUAAUCAAAUGAUUUGUUGAUUCAGUCUCAGGAAUACAAUCUGGCUUGAUCCGCUCGUUGCAAAAGAACACUUGACAGAAAUUAAUGUGACGACGAAUAUAUUUAAUGUUCGCCUUGAUAUGUUGAAGCAAGGUCUGGCUGUGCCUAAUCAAGAGGUACACACUUCAUUAUGUUAUUUGUAAAAUUUAUUAAUAAUUCAUGAAGAAAAUUCAAAAGAAAUCAUUGUUUAAUGAGGUGUUUAUCCACAUUAUACAAAAUUCUCCUGAUUUACAUAAACUCUUUCCUCGAAGUCUUUUUGAAUAAUUUCUUAAAACCCAAACCGCUGAAAUCCUUGUGUUUCACAAGUCGCUGUUUUGUUGUAGCAUGUUGAAAAUCUAACCAAACAUUUUACGUCGUUCGUCCGACUGAAAGAUAUCACUGGUCGUGAAAACGUUGACAGGUUUGUACCAAACUCCACUAACUAGCCUGCGAACAGGCUCUCAAGCUGAAUUGAGAGCCUACAUCGAUAACUAAUGAAUUUGAAUAUCUGCCCCGUAACGUUCGUUUUUCCAAAUAUGGAAUGUCUAUCCUUAUAUGGUGUUGUUUACAAGUUUCGUGCAAACUAAAUUUAGACCGUACAGUUUAUACUGUUUUUCGAAAUAUAAGAUAUUCAAGCAAAAGUUCAAAUGUUUUAAAUACUGUUUUCUCAAAACAGAACAUUUUGUGUUUUGAGAUAAGAUGGCCAAGACCAAUUUGAUCAGUUAAUGUGUUUUUUUUAUGCAUAGUGCUUCAGCAGUUGACAUAUAUAGAGCUCAGCGGAAACAUAUAAAUUAUAGCAUCUGACCAAUGAGAAUUUCGCGUCACGAUUUGAGACGCAGAUAUUCAAAUUCAUUAGUCAUCAAUGCAGGCUCUCAAUUCAGCUUGAGAGCCUGUUCGCAGGCUAUCCACUAACUUGAUUUAUAUUGGAUAGUUAGAUAGCUCUAUCAGUUCCAAAGUAUUCUCCCUAGACUCUACAGUAGAGAGCGUAUUUUCACUCGAUGUAAUGUUAUUCCAGAUCAUCAGACUCUGGACAGAUAGAAACUUGCACUCUUCGUGAACAAGUCGAUGAAGUGGUUAAAGUUUCAUCAAUACAUAAUCCAGAACUGCUGUACGUGAGACUGUACGACAAUAUCAAUAGGUAGGUUGAACACGUGACCAGGUGUGGAUCUACCACGGAGGUGCGGGCGGGGGGGGGGGGCAUCCCACCUAGUGAUGCCUAGCUUCCCCGUAGAGAAAUCUAGCACCACCCUAAAAAAUCUGCUCGAGCAUACAUUUUCUGCUUUUGGAAUUAGCGAUUAUAGUGGAACUUGUACUGUUAGUCUUGAGGUAUACUACAAGGCUGCAGUGAUUGCCUUGGUUGAAAAUAAUUUCAGGAGAAAAAAGAAUGACAUCUAUCUUUCGAAUGGGUCUACAAUCAUUACAUCGUGCAGCAGAUGGUGAUCAACCUGUAUUUAUCCGAGUGAGACAAUAAUGCGCAUUAUAUGCACAAGUAGUCUUGUAUCUAGUCGUGUGAACACUUGUAUUUCUGUUUAAUCUCUAGUGUUGAAGAUCUUGUGGACCAAAUCACCGGGGAUAUUGAAACACAAUCAACAGAGAGUCACGAAGAAUGUAGUAUUGGUUCCCUGUGUCUGGCAAAAUGUACAGAUGACGAAAGGUGAUUAAUUGUGUUUAAAAGUAACUGUGUUUAUACUGGAUAGCUCUAUUAGUUCUAAACUGUUCUUCCUAGAGGUCCAGUAAGAAUCAUCUCUUAUUGAUCCAGUGUUACUACAGGAGGAAACCUAAACUAAACUAAUUUUAUUUAUACUGGAUAGCUCUAUCAGUUCUAAACUGUUCUUCCUAGAGGUACAGUAAGGAUCAUCUCUUAUUGAUCCAGUGUUACUGCAGGAGGAAACCUAAACUAAACUAACUUUAUUUAUACUGGAUAGCUCUAUCAGUUCUAAACUGUUCUUCCUAGAGGUCCAGUAAGGAUCAUCUCUUAUUGAUCCAGUGUUACUACAGGAGGAAACCUAAACUAAACUAACUUUAUUUAUACUGGAUAGCUCUAUCAGUUCUAAACUGUUCUUCCUAGAGGUCCAGUAAGAUCAUCUCGUAUUGAUCCAGUGUUCCUGCAGGAGGAAACCUAAACUAAACUAACUUUAUUUAUACUGGAUAGCUCUAUCAGUUUUAAACUGUUCUUCCUAGAGGUCCAGUAAGGAUCAUCUCUUAUUGAUCCAGUGUUACUACAGGAGGAAACAUAAACUAAACUAACUUUAUUUAUACUGGAUAGCUCUAUCAGUUCUAAACUGUUCUUCCUAGAGGUCCAGUAAGGAUCAUCUCUUAUUGAUCCAGUGUUACUACAGGAGGAAACCUAAAUUCUGAAAUUUUAAACGUAUUUCUUCAGAUGGUAUCGAGCAAAAAUACUCAGCAUCCGGCCAGAGAAGGAAUAUGAUGUAUUUUUCGUGGACUAUGGGGAUCGAGAGUGGAUAACACAGGAUAGAAUUGCUCCAAUGCGUCCGGAAUAUUUGGAGGUGAGAUUCAUUAGGAUUCUCAGGUUAGCGUUGUUGAGACGCUAUAUAACAAACAGCGUCAAGGAUAUACAGCUACAUGAAAAGCAAUCCGCAGUAUUCUGGUGUUAUUGUCACCUAUAUGCUGGCACACACCUUUUCCAUCAUCAGAGUAUCCUAAUUCUCACAUAAACUUAUAUGAUCUCCUUUAUUUAGUUACCCUUUCAGGCAAUUGAGUGCAGUCUGGUCAACAUAAGCCCUGUUGGUAUGUUUAAGAAGAUGUUUAAUCGUUAAAGUCCACUGAGUUAUUUAUUCUGUCCUUUCUUACAAUAAUUGUGAUUUAGGUAUUGUUUAUCUACACGUGACGAGUAGCAUUUCCUCGCGUUUAAAACACAGUUUUCAUUUGUCCCGCCCCUCGUUAGCUUACUUGUUUACAGUUUUUACAACCCUAGUGCAUUGUUUUUUGCCGUUGUAACUGCAAGGGUAAAGUCACGCUCUCGUCAUUAUCUUUAUUUCCAGGUACUGAGUGGACAGAAGAUGACGCUGAGGGUUUGUGGAGUUUGGUGGACGAUAAAAUGCUGUACGCGAAGGUGAUGACCCACACUGAACUUUAUUUAUACUGGAUAGCUCUGUCAGUUCUAAACUGUUCUCUUUAGAGGACCAUCUCUUAUUGGUCCUGUGUUAUUACAGAAGAUAAAUCUCGUUGUUAUAUUUGCAGGGGAAAUCAAAAAGCGCUGCAAUGUUAGCAGGAACGUGCAGGUAUGGGAUUGAGUUGUGUGACACGUCGACAGAACGUGAUGUCCUCGUGAACCAUGAGCUGGUGAUUGCUGGACAUGCGCAGGCGACCCUAGAAUAUCACAAGGUGAAUGCAAUUUUUAGAACAUUUUUUAUAUUUCUAGUAAUUGUGAAGAGAUCCGACGUGCAGUCGGUUUGAAUAAUAUCGACACACCUUGAUUUUUUGACGUUUUAAACUUUUCAGACUUUGUUUCCCGAAGCUUUUGAUUCAAACACGACAGGACACCCAAAGGUUCGUUGACUUACUUUGGUGUAUUCAAUUAUUGUGUCUUCCUUUGAAUUAAACAGUCGACUUUUAUUCAGGAGCCAUACAAAGAAAUUCCAGCAUUAUGUUUGCAGCUUGACAGAGCUCAGGUUUGUUCAGCUAUUCAAAUACCUGAUAAACUUCACCCCCGAAGUAUGAAUGUGGAGGAUUAAGUAAAUCAAAUACGCGUGACAAAUAAAGCUGACCCUAUCGAACACAUACAUUUUAUUUUAGGAUCCAAAUACGAAACUACGUUAUGCUCAGGAAAUAAAGAAUAUCGUUUCGGAAAACAUGAAGUAUGCAUACAGUUUAUUUUGUUUUGUUUAUAUUUAAUUUCUUUAUAUGAAUCAAUAUGAGAUAUCUGUCACUGGCCCCGUAAAAGCACUGAUAGAGCUAUCCAGUAUAAAUAAAGUUAGUUUAGUUUAGGUUUCCUCCUAUAGUAACACUGGAUCAAUAAGAGAUGAUUCUUACUGGACCUCUAGGGAGAACAGUUUAGAACUGAUAGAGCUAUCCAGUAUAAAUAAAGUUAGUUUAGUUUAGGUUUCCUCCUGUAGUAACACUGGAUCAAUAAGAGAUGAUCCUUACUGGACCUUUAGGGAGAACAGUUUAGAACUGAUAGAGUUAUCCAGUAUAAAUAAAGUUAGUUUAGUUUAGGUUUGCUCCUGUAGUAACACUGGAUCAAUAAGAUAUGAUUCUUACUGGACCUCUAGGGAGAACAGUUUAGAACUGAUAGAGCUAUCCAGUAUAAAUAAAGUUAGUUUAGUUCAGGUUUCCUCCUGUUGUAACGCUGAAUCAAUAAGAGAUGAUCCUUACUGGACCUCUAGGAAGAACAGUUUAGAACUGAUAGAGCUAUCCAGUAUAAAUAAAGAUAGUUUAGUUUAGGUUUCCUCCUGUAGUAACACUGGAUCAUUAAGAUCAUUAAGAGAUGAUCCUUACUGGACCUCUAGGGAGAACAGUUCAGAAUUGUGAUACAAGUAUACAUAAAAUUAGUUUAGUGAGAGCGACCUCUUAAAAAGUUUAUUAUAUUUUCGCAGGAGAAAAGACGAUAUUCGGGAAAGCGGUGGUGUUCGCUGUAUAUGUCGGUUACUUGGUGUAAGCAAGAAUGAAGCGGUUCAAGAAUAUAUUGUGAUAACAUUGGCGUUUUUGGCCACACAAAACGACUUGUAUGUAUAUAAUAAUUUUAGAUAUUUUUCACCAUUCUAGAAAUUGUGAUGUGUAUUUACGAGAAUUCUUUUAUAUUUCUAGUAAUUGUGAAGAGAUCCGACGUGAAGGUGGUUUAUCAGUAUUGUGUGAUCUACUCAGCAAGGUAAUAUUGAUCUGAAACUUUCGAGUAGGUUAAGAGACGCAGCUAUUUGAUGAGUAUUUCUUCUGUUUUAUCUGUCAGGCAAAAAAUGCGAAGCUCCAAGAACACGCUGCAUGGACUGUCAAGAUUCUUGCAACGAGUGAAAGGUGAGACUUUGAAAAUUUGGCAUCCAUACGCGUAAAAAUAUCACAGCUUGUGUCACGAAGCACUACUGGACUAAGAUAAUACCAAAACUCUUUAAUUAUUUCUUUAAUUACAAUACUCAACAACGAUUAAUCUCCACGAAAUACAUCUCACAAUUUCACCUUAACUCUACAAUAUCUCACUUCCAUGCGGUUCUCUCCUCUAAAAACACAUACACUAAAAGGCGCUAAGACACAUACACUAAAAGGCGCUUAAACACAUACACUAAAAGGCGCUUCUCUACACUUGUCAACAAGAUGUGUUCGUACUGCUUGUUCCCAGUUGUUGACAAGUCUGGAACAAGUUGUUAUCAUCUUGUAACAAGGUUGAUGAGGCCAACAGACUCGCAACAAGUUGUUCCAACAAGUCUGAUAUCGUCUGCACGUAACAAGUUGUUAACAAGUUGACGACAACAAGCUCGUAGCAACUUGUUACGAACAGCCUGUAUUAGUCUUGUUGGAACAACUUGUAGCAAGUCUGUUACCGUCAUCAACCUUGUAACAAGAUGAUAACAACUUGUUCCAGACUUGUCACAACAACUGGGAACAAGCAGUGCGAACACAUCCUGAUAUCGGCUUCACAACAACCUUGUUGCAUCUUGUUUGCAGAUCUGGAAAUUGUACUGCUCUCUUUAAUGUGUUCAUUUCACUAUUCUAUUCUUUUCCAACAGCAAUCGCGACGCUACCCGACAAAUUGGUGGAAUAAAGAAGUUGUGUGAUCUUUUGGCCAGCUCUGAUCAGGAAAAGGUCUGUACAUCGUAUAUGCCCCCUGGUUAUGAAAAAUUCCCAAACGUAGCUGGAAAGAUUAAAUAAGUCGUUAUUUUCUCGCAAGUUUGUAUCGUUAUUCUUUGUGAUUACUGUUGUUAGGUUCAAGAGAAUGUUUGCUGGGCACUUGUCUCUCUUUGUUCAGACAAUAACAAGUAAGGCCACGUCACGUAUUUUGUAUAGAGCAUGUGUGGCAGAUACGGUCAGCGCGCUGCUCUGCGUUUUUACGACGUGUGUAGUGUGGGGCCAGAAGUCCUAGUAAGCCUUGGAGUAGGUCACAUCUAAAUUAUGUCUCUUGCUAUUCCGCUCUCCAUUGCAAGGAAAGAUGAUUAACACCCCCUAUCUUCACAUUAUUUCACAUCUUCCAUCGUUUCCAUAGCAACUGUGGCGCCGUCAGAGAAGCUGGAGGUUUAUCAACAUUAUUCAAACUUCUUGAAACGAGUCAAAGUAAUUCUGUGCUUGAAAAUACCAUUUGGGCAAUAUCGCUGUUGGCUUAUAAUGCAAGGUAAAAUAAGACGUUCUAGUAACACUGAAUCAAUAAGCCAUUGCUCUUAAUAUGCCUUUAGGAAGAACAGUUUAAAACUGAUAGAGGUGUCAAGUAUAAAUAUGGUUUAGCCGUUUAGGUUAGGUUUCGUCCUGUUGUAACACUGGACCAAAUUACCCUUAAUGGACCUCUGGGAAGAACAGUUAAAAACCGAGAUUAAAAACUUCAAUAAUCUCAAUAUUUGUUCUCUAGUAAUAAACAGUUAAUCGGGCAGCAAGGUGGUAUCGAAAAAAUUUGCAACUUGAUCAGGACAAACCAAGACGAAAAAGUAAGUUCUUAAUAACACCUGCUCAGUGCUCCAGGUACACGCAAUACACACCCUGUAACUUAGUGUAAUGGAAGAUUUUAUUUCAUGUAGAUUUUGCAAAACGCAGUUCGCUCACUGAAGACCUUGUCUAGUUAUAAUGACGACAAUCGGGAAAUCAUGUGUCGUUUGGGAAUCAUUGACCUUAUGAGAAGGUAUGUUGUGUUCACCCUGUGCGUUUACUGUACAUUUGCAUAAUGUCACAAAUAUGUCAAAUAAUGAGUGGCUGAUGGCAUGGAGAACAGUGGGAUUUUCAAAACAAUGAAAGACAAUGGAACAUUCUGACCACUGGAUCAUGACUGGAUGACAUGGAGAACAGCGAGAUUUUUAAAACAAUGAAAAGACAAUGGAACAUUCUGAUCACUGAAUCAUGACUGGAUGGCAUGGAGAACAGUGAGAUUUUUAAAACAAUGAAAAGACAAUGGAACAUUCUGAUCACUGGAUCAUGACUGGAUGGCAUGGAGAACAGUGAGAUUUUUAAAACAAUGAAAAGACAAUGGAACAUUCUGAUCACUGGAUCAUGACUGGAUGGCAUGGAGAACAGUGAGAUUUUCAAAACAAUGAAAAGACAAUGGAACAUUCUGAUCACUGGAUCAUGACUGGAUGGCAUCAUGGAGAACAGUGGGAUUUUCAAAACAAUGAAAAGACAAUGGAACAUUCUGAUCACUGGAUCAUGACUGGAUGACAUGGAGAACAGUGGGAUUUUCAAAACAAUGAAAAUACAAUGGAACAUUCUGAUCACUGGAUCAUGACUGGAUGGCAUGGAGAACAGUGAGAUUUUCAAAACAAUGAAAAUACAAUGGAAUAUUCUAUCACUGGAUCAUAACUGGAUGGCAUUGAGAACAAUGGGAUUUUCAAAACAAUGGAAAGACAAUGAAAUAUUCUCGUGACUGGACGACAUCGUCUGCUAUGCUGAGUGUUAAGUGUUCUGCCAAGGAUAAUUUAAAACUGAAGCAUAAUUUUCUAACGCUGUGUAGAUUGUCGAAUGUCCAAACCCAGUUGCCGUUUGAUAUACGAAGAACGUGCAUGGACCUCAUUCAGAGGCUACUGGGGAGAGCGCCCGACGUUCCUCUCAUUGAAGCUUCGUCGAUUACGUCACCACUGCAAGAACCAAUCAGAUGCAAGCCAAUUGCUGUUACUAAGAGAAGAAAGACACAAGAGAAUGACAAGAUGGUUAAUGGCGGUGCAGACUCUGAUGGUGAUUUACCGUUGUUGGAAGAUACUAUGGACUUGUAAGUAUUCGUGAGAUAUUUCCAUUACUGCAGGAGGAAACCUAAACUAAACUAACUUUAUUUAUACUGGAUAGCUCUAUCAGUUCUGAACUGUUCUCCCUAGAGGUCCAGUAAGGAUCAUCUCUCAUUGAUUCAGUGUUACUACAGGAGGAAACCUAAACUAAACUAACUUUAUGUAUACUGGAUAGCUCUAUCAGUUCUAAACUGUUCUUCCUAGAGGUCCAGUAAGGAUCAUCUCUUAUUGAUCCAGUGUUACUACAGGAGGAAACCUAAACUAAACUAACUUUAUUUAUACUGGAUAGCUCUAUCAGUUCUAAACUGUUCUUCCUAGAGGUCCAGUAUAGGUCAUCCCUUAUUGGUUCGUGCAGUGUAUUUAGUGUAGCACUGGGGUGACUUUUCUGGACUUUGAGGAAGAACAGUUAAGAACUGAUAGAGUGCUUGUCAAUAAAUUUUUGUGUAACUUUGGAUAACUGAUAUUUCUCCAGAGGUAGACCUACAGUACAUCCAAUGACGAUGUGGUCUCAAACGAAACGUUUUGUCUCGCUGUCUAUCAAGCUGAGAGGUGUUCAAGAGAAGAUCAGCAAUAUCACUGACAAAACGUUUUAUUUCAGGUAAAUCCUUGAUAUACGAGUAUGCAGUUUUAUUUAUGAUUUGGCGAUUAGAUUCAUUUUUAUACGAGCGAAAAUAAGCCACGGCUUAAAUAAAUCGCGAACAACUCGUACAAGAUGUCAAUUUGUUCGCAUGCCGUGGCUAAAAUAAGUAAAAUAAGCCGUGGCUUAUUGCAAAUUGACUUUUUAUACGAGUUGUUCGCUGUUUAUUUGAGUCACGGCUUAUUUUCGCUCGUAUAUAAAUGGCCUUGGUGUUUAUUUCAUUUGUGUCUUUUACUACAGGACGAAACACAUGGAAAAAUUGUACGAACUAAAUUUGGCUUUGUUCGCUGAUGUUAUUCCCAAGGUAGGAUCAAUGUUAAACUUAAGUAUUUCUGCCAUUCUUUGAUGCUUGAUUGAUCCAUCGAGCGAUCGAUUGAUAUAAUAUGAGCAAAAAGUAUAAUAGCAUGAUUGAAAUAUUAUUUUUAGGAAAGUAAAGUACAUUUGCGAGGUUCUGAAGUGUUGGUAAAUUUAAAGAAAACCCAGCCGGCGACUUGGCAAAGACUUCUAUCAACCACAGAGAAGGUAGAAACAUCUUUUGUAAACAAACUUCGUAAAGUCACGUAUGUGAAGUAAUGAUUGACAUUGUUAGCACAUUUAUCAACUUACAUUGUUCGUUGUAGCCUCCGUUUCUCAGUGUCGACUUUGAUAGAUGGGAUACAAACUCCGGAUCAGACGAAGAGAGAGAAAUAAAACAGCCAAGUAUGUCAACAACUUUUCAAGUCGAGAUCUCUUGUGCCGUUGUGAAGCACGAUACGUUCUCUGAAAUCUACAUAUGCAGGACGUUUUGACUUACACAGGAAAUUUUCAUUUUUGAAUUUUGCUGCCAGGAAAAUAAAUAUAUUUUCUACGCCUGGGCUCACAGAGAUGAUAUCAUGUGUUAACCACUCUGUCAUUUGCACUCUAAAAGUUAGCAAUUAACAAAUAUAAAAUAUUGUCCGUGUUGAUAUACAGUACAGUUAUAUCAACACGAGUGGAAGUUGGGAAAACGACAAAUUGUGUGGAAACACGACGCCCGAAGGGGCGGGGGGUUUUCACACAAUUUCGAGUUUUCCCAAUUCCACGAGUGUUGAUAUAACUGUAUAUGAAUACGGAAAAAUUGUUUUAUAUUUUUUUUAUAAUAUAGCACAAAGAAAUAUAAAGAAAGAAAUUUUCCGACGUUUCCGUGUUGACAUUGAGUUAUAUCAACACGGCUCUUAGCCAAUCAGCGUUCAGAAUUUACAAAUACUAUAUUAUAACAAAAACUAUUCUUUGAAUGACGUGUUUUUAUAUAUUUAGGAGUUCCAACCUCGAGGACAAAACAAGAAAAUAAAAUAUUGCCUCGACCUUUUGACGACGACCAAGAUGAUUCGAGUGAACUUUCGUCUGACGAGGAGGACACGAGGGAACGUAUUGGUUUGGAUUUCUCAUAA